AUGCUUUUAUUAUCCUUUUUUGUUCUCGUCGUUGAGACUAGCUCCCAAAUUAUCAACAAACUCCCAGGUCAGGAGCUUAGAGCACAACCAUAUGUAGGACGUGUAUCCGGAGGUUGGCCCAAUGGGGGACAACAAGGAGCCGGAAACAUCGGAGGUGGCCAACAAGGAGGUACAGCUUAUCCGAUUUUUUUGAUUCUUUUUCCAUAGAG